UGUAUGGCGUGUAUUUAUAAUACACCUGAUGCGAAGUGUAAACGUGUAAUGCGAUGGGAAUGGAGGGGGGAAGUCGUGCCAGCAACCAAAGGCGAAUACGAACGAAUUUUUCAACAAUUGGAAAAUGAAAAGUUUGGAAAACCACCGAAACCGUUCCAUUCGCUCGAUCGUGAAGAACGUGCGUCGAUUGAGAAGAAACGUGUCCAAGAUUACUGCAGACGUGCGUAUGGUAAAACGCAUAUGACUCGUAAUGAGUUUCGUUACACAACAAUAUGUCAGUGUGAAAAUGCGUUCUACGUUGACACUGUUAAGGCGUUUCGAGAUAGACGUUACAAGUACAAGGCAUUACUGAAGAAAGCGAAAUCGGCGUUGAGUGAGGUGCCAGAAGAUGAUGCAAAUGCGCUCAAAAGUGCUCAGGGUCGUGUUGUUUUAUACGAAAGUUUACAAUUAGCACACAAAUGUAUUUUGAAUUCAUUCUAUGGAUAUGUGAUGCGCAAAGGUUUGUUUUUAAAUUUUUUUUGUUGA